AUGGACACCUGCGCCAUCGAUGCAGCCUGCGAUCCCCAGGUCGACUUCAUGCAACGAUCUGUGGUGCAGCUGACCCAGUUCCAGCAGAAUAAUUUCUGCACAGGCACCCUGAUGAAGGGACCCGGGGACAAGAUCUACAUCCUGUCGGCCCGCCACUGCCUCUCCAUGCGCGGCCUGCGAUUCGUAUACCCAUGGAGCAGCUACAGCGUCAUCUUCGACUACGCGCUGCCCUGCAAUGCCUCCAGGGUCAGCGACAUCCCAUCCACCUUCGGCCGGUACCUGACGGGCCUGGCCAUCGUGUUUGAGGACGAGCUUAGCGACAUCGCGGUGUUUGAGCUCCUCCAGGACAUCCCCCCGGAGUGGGGCCCCAUCCUGGCAGGCUGGGAUGCCACGGAGCUGGACGGCAACUUCACCUUCACGGCCGUGUCAAACCCGCAGGGGGACACCCAGAAGGUCACCACCGGCAUCGUGUCCGUCCCUUUCUACAGGGUGGUGGUGAACGACGACCACUCCGUGUCCCUGGUGACCAACGUGAGCUGUGAAACGCACACCUGCGGCUUCUACCUCUCCGCCCUGACCUCCGGCGCGCUCACCGUGGGCAGCAGCGGGUGCGGGCUGUACCACGACGGCCUGGGCAAGAUCGUGGGCACCCUGUCCAGCGGCCUCGGCAGCUGCGCCCUGCCUUCCGACCCCUGGGGGGAGGACGCGCCCAGGAAGUUCUUCGGCGCCCUGGCGGCGGCCUGGGAGCACGGCUUCCACCGCCUCUUCGACCUCCCCCGGGAUGGCGAGAGGUCUGCGGAGUACGAGGAGUACACCCGGGCCCUGCCCACCAUCACUGUGGGCAACAUCGUGCCAGAGGUUAACCCUCGCCUGGGCGCGACACACAUGACCAUCGCGUUACAGCAGAGGCCAGAGCGCAACACAACGAUCACCAUCAGCCCGGCUGAGCCUUGGCUCGUGACCGUGAGCCCCCGUUCCAUCAGUUUCACUACCGACAACUGGAGCGCGACCCAGCAGAUUGCCAUCACCGCACGUCCCGACCGACCCGAGACGAGUGCAACGCUCCAGUUCCAACUCAACCUGACCUGGCCGGUUGUGGACGAGGCCGGGAGGUGGUCUGAGCGUAUCAAGUCGAUAUCCGGUGUCGUGUGGGCCGAGCGCAAGGGUACCAGCUUCUUCAAUCCCCAGGAGGUUCAGGCCCCCUUCCGUCAUGUGGCCGAUCUGGAGAGGUUCAACCCUCAAGUCCCCCUGAUCGCUCAACACAUUGGCCCCUUUGUCCCUGCCCAAUACUUUUCCUACAAGGCAGGGGAGUCUGAGGGCAUCGUCAUUGAGACAUGCCCCCAUACGAGGGACCCAAACGCCCACAACAUGACCGCGACCAUUUUCGGCAGCCUAUGGACUACCAACAAGGCCAUACCACAACGUACCAAGGCUGUCAGCAUUCCUCGAACGGGAUGCACCCAGGUGCUGGCAGGGCUGCCCGGCGGACAGAGUGAGCUGGGUGUGCCUGUCCUGGACCAGCUGGAGAAGGAGGGCGAUGUGUCCAUGAUCACCAGUCUGCCCGCCAGGGAAAUUGUCGAGGCCAGUACGACCCCAACCACCUACUUUUUCCGUCCUGAGGCGGACCUCACGCUGAACAUCACCACCUGCUCGGAGGAAACAACGGUAGGGAGUGGGCUGGAGGUCCUAGACGAUCACCUCAGGAUUAUCCGGUGA